AUGUCACUCUACACCAAGUUUAUGAAAGACAUCCUCACCAAGAAGGGGAAGUAUAUUGAUAAUGAGAGUAUUGUGGUGGGAGGCAACUACAGUGCAAUGAUACAGAGGAAGUUACCCAAGAAGUUCAAAGACCCCAGGAGUGUGACUAUCCCUUGCACCAUAAAGAAGGAGUCAGUAGAAAAGACCCUCAUUGACUUAGGGGCAAGCAUCAACCUGAUGCCCUUAUCAAUGUGCAAAAGAAUUGGCAAUCUAAAGAUUGACCCUACCAGGAUGACGCUUCAGCUGGCAGACCACUCAAUCACAAGACCGUAUGGGGUAGUAGAAGAUGUCCUAGUCAAGGUCCACCACUUCACCUUUCUGGUGGACUUUUUCAUCAUGGAUAUCGAAGAAGACACAGAGAUUCCUCUUAUCCUAGGCAGGCCCUUCAUGUUGACUGCCAAAUGUGUGGUAAAAAACUUGUUAACUCGUUGA